UACUUGAGUUGUUGCAAUGCUACCAAGUUAACCCAAGGAGUGAACUGUCAUGAAAACAUUCGAGGAAAAGUAACGUCUAUGUAAAAUGGUAUUUUAUUUCAUGAGUGACGUGGUUCAGCCUCCCGUAACGCUUUUCAUGGGUCUCGACAAGUAUGAAAAUGAAGAUCUGAUAAAGUGGGGUUGGCCGGAAGAUGUCUGGUUCCAUGUCGACAAACACUCCUCAGCUCAUGUCUACCUGAGGUUGAAGCAAGGUCAAACGAUAGAUGAUAUUCCCGGGACUGUUCUGGAGGAUGCAGCUCAAUUGGUAAAGGCUAACAGUAUAGAGGGUAAUAAAAUGAACGACAUCGAUGUUGUUUAUACAAUGUGGUCAAACCUAAAAAAAACGCAAGGGAUGGAGGUCGGUCAAGUUGGUUUCCAUAGAGAAAAGGAAGUGCGUAAGAUGCGAGUCGCGAAACGCUUAAAUACAGUCGUUAACCGACUGAAUAAAACAAAGAGAGAAGAACAUCCGAACUUCCAGGCAGAGAGGGAAAACAGAGAUCGAAAUGAACGUGAUGAUAAAAAGAAACUCCUCAGGGAACAAAAGGAGAACGAAAAAGCAGAGGAAAAAAAAAGGCAGGAAGAAGCAGAAAUGAGAAGCUACAACUCGCUGUUCAGCCCAAACAACAUGACAACGAAUACCGAAAACACUGGCUACGAUUCGGACGACUUCAUGUGAUGUAUCUAUUCUCAGUGCUAACUAAUAUUACAAAUUUUAUUUACUGGUCGAUUACGUCAACAUGUACCCAUCUCAGCCUCCUGUAUUACGUUACAACAUGC